CCCCUCGACAAACAUCGUUUACUCAAUAAAUCCCCCAUUUUCCCCCUUUUUUUUUUUAAUAUUGGUUUUGUGCUCUCCUACUAGGGCAAAGAAACCCUAGCUACGGUUCUCGCCGACGCGGGCGAAAAUGUCGGCGUCCGACUCGGAGAAGAGGGCGGAGGAGGGCGAUAGCGACGGCGGCGGCGGCGGCGGCGAAGGUGGCGGCGGCGCCGUCGGCGGGGAGCUGCUGUACUGUGGGGGGACGAGUUGGGAGACGAUGGGGCGCAAGGUCGUGGGCGGGGCCACGGGGAACCUCGUCGCCCCCACGCGGCUCCGGCCCCUCGUCGGCGUCGACGUGCGCUUCGUCGCCUCCGGAUGCACUGCUUGUCACUGUGUGGCGUUGGAUGUUGAAGGUCGCUGCUAUACUUGGGGAAGAAAUGAGAAGGGGCAGUUGGGGCAUGGGGACACUCUUCACCGUAGCUUGCCAACAAUUGUGUCUCAACUAUCAAAAUACAAAAUUGUAAAAGCCAGUGUGGGAAAGAACCACACUGUAGUUGUAACUGAAGAUGGAAAAUCAUUCUCAUUUGGCAUGAAUAAGCAUGGGCAGUUGGGGACAGGUUCGGUGAAGAAUGAAAUUGAACCCUCUCCGCUGCCCUGUCUGGUAUCUGAAGUCACGAAUGCUGUUUGUGGAGCUGAUUUUACUGUAUGGUUGUCUUCAGUGGAAGGCUCCUCCAUACUGACAGCAGGUCUUCCGCAGUAUGGACAACUUGGACAUGGAACUGACAAUGAGUAUAAUGCUAAAGAUUCAUCUGUAAAACUAGCUUAUGAGCCUCAGCCUCGUCCACGAGCAAUUGCUACAUUUUCGGAAAAAACUGUUGUCAAAGUUGCUUGUGGAACAAACCACACAGUUGCUGUUGAUUCAAAUGGUUUUGUUUACACAUGGGGUUUUGGUGGAUAUGGAAGGCUGGGUCACAGAGAACAGAAGGAUGAGUGGGUCCCUCGGCUUGUUGAAGUCUUCCAAAGGCAUAAUGUUCUUCCUCCUAAUGCUGUAGUUUCUGCAGGUGCCACAAAUUCUGCAUGCACUGGUGGAGGAGGACAGUUGUAUAUGUGGGGGAAAUUGAAGACAACUGGUGACGAUUGGAUGUAUCCUAAGCCACUUAUGGAUUUAAGUGGUUGGAACAUACGUUGCAUGGCUUCUGGUAACAUGCACCAUGUUGUUGGUGCCGACGACUCGUGCAUAAGUUGGGGGCAUGCCCUGUAUGGGGAGCUUGGAUAUGGUCCCCUCGGACAGAAGUCAUCUGCAAAUCCAAAGAAAGUUGAUAUUCUAGAUGGUAUGAACGUCACAAGCGUGGGAUGUGGGUAUGGAUUUUCUCUGAUUGUUGUUGACAGAACAAAUGCUGGUGAUCGAUUGGAACAGCUGGAGAUUUAUGAUGGUGACCCUUCCUCUGAAGGAGUAGAGAAGAGCAAUAAUGCAAAUGCUGCAGCUACGAAGAACACGCCAACUACUGCUAAAUCUUCUGCGAGAAAUUCCAAGAGAAGGAAGAAGGAUUUGUCAGAGUCAGAAGAAGAGGAAGAGGAAGAAAUGGAUGACGAUGACGACGCUGAUGAGGACGACGAUGAUGGCGAUGAGGACGAUGAUGAGGAUGCGAAUGGAGAUGCAAAGCGCGGGCGCAAGCCAUCUAGCAGGGGACGAGGCGGUGGCGGCGGUAAAAGAGGGAGAGGCCGACCUAAAGCUGCUGAAAGAAGCGCUAACGAGAAACCAGCAAGCUCUGGGCGAGGCCGCGGGCGAGGAAGAUCGGGGAAGAGGGGGAGGCCUGGUAGGCGAUGAUGAUUAACUAUUUAACACCUCAUGUUUUGACAAGAGAAAGGCUGAAUGGGCAUCCGGGAAAAGUUUUAAUCUCUGAUUUCUAAUUAUUAUUUAAGCGUUGUUUCUGACAUAGAGGAUUUUGGUAACAAUUGGGGGAUUUCUUUAUGUAAUUCUGAAGGAAGGUUCUGAAGUUCAUGGUUGUAUGUUGUAAAAUGUUCUUAUUAUUCUGUGUUACAUUUAUUUAGGGUGCCAUUUCGGCAAAAUGCUUGUUUUCGUUCUUUUUCUGAAAAUUGCCAUUUACUUGGUAAAAUAUUCAAUGAGAGAGGUACAUUCUCAAGUUUGGUGGCUUUA